AUGCUUUUAAUAUUCAUAUUUGUGAUCGGUACAUCAACAACACACUGUGCAAGAAUUUUGGCUGUAUUUCCAACACCAUCUAUAAGUCACCAAAUUGUUUUCCGACCGUUGACGCAAGAACUUGCAAGAAGAGGUCACGAGCUCGUCAUUUUAACUCCAAAUCCAGCAUUCGCUAAGGGACGAGCUCCGAAAAACAUAAUUGAAAUAGACGUCCACAAUGAAUCCUAUGCAGUUAAGAAUGAGACGACGAAAGAAGCCUAUGAAAAGGAUACAAGUUCAUUCAGAAAAGUUGAAUUGUUAUCCCAGUUAUUCGUCAGAGCCUUCAGAGCACAACUGGAAAACGAAGAAUUUCGAGCUGUAGUAAAAUUAGAAAAAGAUUAUUUUGACUUGUUACUUAUAGAAGCUUGUGCAACCCCUACUUUAGGAUUGUCACAUAUAUUUAAGGCACCAGUAAUCCAAGUCAGUUCACUGGGAGCAUUAAUGAGUAACUAUGAAGCUCUUGGUAUUCCUAUGCAUCUCUUCUUCUUCCCAACGAGCGUCCGCAAGAGAAUUCAUAAGCUAUCAUUAACAGAUAAACUUGCAACUCUUCUUGAAUUUGCUGUUUCUAAAUACGUAAUGAGAACUACUAGAAAUUUAGAAAAUGAUUUACUACGUGAACAUUUUGGUGAAGAUACACCUUCUUUGGAUGAAUUAACUAACAAUAUUGAUAUGUUAUUCCUAAACACGAAUCCUCUUUGGGCCAAUAACUAUCCAGUACCACCUAAUGUAAUUUUUAUUGGAGGAAUAGUUCAAAACACAAGAAAGGAUCUACCUAAGGAUUUAGAAGGUUGGUUGGAUUCGUCCAAAAACGGUGUUAUUUAUGUUAGUUUUGGUAGUAACGUAAGCAAUAAGACAUUUUCACAGAAUACGAAACAUGUUUUAUCAAAUGUUCUCUCAAAUUUACCCUAUGAUAUACUAUUAAAAUGGGAUGAAGAUAAAUUAAUAAAUGAAUCCAAAAACAUUAAAAUUGCCAAAUGGUUUCCACAAGUGGAUUUAUUAUAUCAUCCAAAAAUUAAACUAUUCAUAACACAAGGUGGCUUGCAGUCAACGGAUGAGGCAAUCGCAGCCGGCGUACCUAUGAUCGGUAUACCGAUAUUUGUCGAUCAAGCUUACAAUACUGAACAAUAUGAACAUUUUAAUAUCGGUGUAAAACUUAACUAUAAUGAACUAUCGGAGGAAAAGCUUAAACGAGCAAUUGAUACCGUCAUAGGCGACGACAAAUAUCGUAACAAUAUAGUUAAAUUAAGGAACAUUAUGAAUGAUCAGCCACAAUCACCUUUAGAUAAGGCAAUAUGGUGGACGGAAUAUGUUAUACGAAACAAAGGAGCACAACACUUGAAAAGCCCUACAGCUAAUAUCUCGUGGAUAAAAUAUUUGGAAAUUGAAUUGAUUGCUAUUUUUACAGCAAUAUUCUUAUUACUUAUUAUUCUUUUAAUUUUAAUUGUAAAGUUUUUUGUAAGAAUAAUCAAUGGUAUUUUCCGAAAGUUCAAGGUAAAAAGAGAAUAA